AAUGACUUAAAAAAUGAGUUGCACAAGUGGGCCUUGGAAUCAAUCGCGGUGAUCGCGUUGGACGCGCGGCUCGGGUGCCUGGGCGAGGAACUUGGCGCCGACUCGGAGCCGCAGAAAAUGAUCGACGCCGUGCACGCGCUGCUCACCACGAUCAACCUCGAAAUCGGCUCCGAGGCCUUCCUUUGGCGAAUCUGCCCCACACCCUCGUGGAAAAAAUUCGUCAGAGUCAUGGACUUCAUCAUGCAGCAAAAUUCGCAAAAGCCAAGGUUGAAAAUGGAGAUCGGAAGUUGGAUUUGGAUUUUCGCCCUCUGCACUUUUUCCGCUUUUGCCCAGACUUGGGACGUGGAAACGAGGCAGGAAAUUAACUUGACUGACUGCUGGAAUUAUGGAAAAAAUCGAUCAAUUUUUGAGGCUCCAGGCGUUCAAAAUUUCAAUGACUGCGGCCGAUGGAACCAAAGUGGAAUCGCUCCGUGGAUUGUUUGGCUCAGCACGGGUGGUUUUUUGAAUUAUGGAGUUCUUGUAUCAGACGAAACAAUCAUCUCUUACGGUUUGCUCCCUUUAUACGACGCGCAUAAAGAAGGGAAAGAAAUUCAAAUUUAUGGAGGCAAAUGUGAAGACGAAAAUGAUAAACAAAAAUGCUUCCAGAAAAGAGGUUUAUUGCAGAAUAAAAAGGUUUUGAACGUAAAGAAGGUGGAAUUGAAGCACGGCAGAUUUUAUUACUAUAUGAUCUUAGUUUGGCAAAUUGAAAAAUUGGAUUUUACACCGAAUUUGCAGCCUGCCUGUUUGUGGAAUUGGGACAACACGAACGACGAACUCGAAAAUUUUUAUGGUUACGAUCAAUGGCAUGAUAAAAUGAGAAAAGUAGAUUUCCUACCGGAGCAAACGUGUUAUGGUGAGAAAAAGAUUGAAAAAUGGAUCUGCGACCUCUACGGGAAUACAAUCUGCACAUCAAGAGGCGACGAUUGGUCACGAUAUUUAUUUAUUGAGCGCGAAAAACGAUUUUAUCUACGCGCAUUGGUGGCCAUCCAUUCUGAGUCCACUUUAACAUGGUUCGAUUUGUUGCCGUUUUUGAAUGAAAUCACUUCAGCGUCCGUCGAUUUGGCUUCAAUGCCAAAAAUCCCCAAAGCAAAAUCCAAAAAAGAUUUUGGCCCAAACCAGAGUUUUGCAAACUGCGGACGACGAUCGGGCGAAAGGCGCAGAAAAAGAGAAGCCGGAAAGGCGCUUGCGUUGGUCACAAAUGGCAAGAACGCGGUCAGAGGUCAACACCCUUGGCACGCGAGUCUUUCCAGAAAAAUGCAAACAGGACGUAAUGCAGAUUCUUGCGGCGCGACCCUCAUUUCAAAAAAGGUCCUCGUCACAGCGGCGCAUUGUCUCUUUGACGACGAUGGAAGUUCUUUGAAUGCGAGACACGUGGACGUGGCCCUAGGAAUGCACAACCGAUCGAAUUUGCAAGAAAAUCGACAGAAGUUUACGGCUGCAAGUCUGGUGAUUCAUCCUGGCUACGACCACAGCAAGGUUGAUUUCAAGGAUGACAUUGCCCUGGUCAUCUUGGCAGAAGAGGUCAAUUUCAAUGAUUUUGUGCGGCCCAUUUGCCUCUGGAACGACGACUACGAUUUGAACAAAAUCGCCAACAAAUCCGUCACGGUGGUCGGCUGGGGCUUCACUGUGGACCAUGAACAGCCACAAAUUCUGCAAAAGGGGAUUCUGAAAAUCGUUUCGUACCAGGAUUGCUAUGAAAGCAACAAUAUGAAGAAAAAGUUUUUUUCCAAAUACAUGCGACCGACGGAGAACUUUUGCGCCGGAAUUCCUCAAACGCAGACAAGUGCUUGCAAAGGGGACAGUGGCGGAGGAUUGACUUUCUACGAUCGUGAUGACACCGAACGCCACUUUUUGCGCGGCGUAGUCAGCAUGGGUUCUGUCAAGAAAUUGCCCUACGGUUUCGUCACGUGCAACCCCAAGUUCUUCGCCCUCUACACCGACGUCACCAAUUACAUGGACUGGAUCGUCCAAAACGCCCCUGACAUUAAUAUUUAGAUUUUUUUUAAUACAAAUGACAUUUUUGCAGUUAGUAAUUUCAUUGCCGGGAAAUAUUUCUUUUUAAACGAAUUAUUAAAUUUUGGUCCAAAUUGAGUUAAAAAAAUGAAAAAAAUCACCCCAAAUGUUUGAUGCGAACAUACUAUGUAAAAGGAUUUUCAUUAAUCAUCAUUAAAUUACUGUAUUUUUUGUAAAUCAAUCAUCAGUGUAUACUGAGAAAUUUCCUUGUUUUCUUUUUCUAGCUGUAAGAAAUUCAUUAAUAAAAAUUAAGAAAAAUCUACUUCCAGAAUAACAUUCUUUGCAAAAUUGUGAGAAAUAAUUACAUGAAAUAUUUUCAGUUGCGGUUCUGGCGAGAUCAAGCUGUUGUUGGGGUGGAGAGCACGCCAUUUUUAAAGGUUAAAAACUGUAUAUAAUUGUUAAAUUAUUAGAGACGAAUGCUUGCAUUGGGGACAGCGGCGGAGGAUUGACUUUCUACGACCGUGAUGACACCGAACGCCACUUUUUGCGCGGCGUCGUCAGUGCCAGUCCAGGAAAGAGGAUAACUCCGAAUUUCCGAUCGUGCGACCCCGCCCACUACGCCCUCUACACCGACGUCACCAAUUACAUGGAUUGGAUCGUC